AUGAGAACCGAGCACUUCCCUCCAGGCUGCAUGAUCUGUGCCGACGCGGGCGUUGAAGUCACCAAGGACAAUCAACCUAUCGACCUCUGGCACAGUUCCCAGGAGGGCGUGCUGCUCCUCGUGGAAUUUUUCUCUUGCGGCGUCAGGGCUGGUCAUCGGCGGAGCGUAGGUGCUGAUGAUAGUGGUGAAUUUACCUCCCCAGAGGGGCAGACGGAGGCUCAUCAGGCGAUCGUUGAUGCUCUGCCGCAGACAGACCAGUCGUUCCACGAUGUCAUUCCGGAUGGCAAAGGCGAUACCCGCAUCUCGUCACUGUGCCCUGGAGCGAUCGCUCCAGAAAAAGGUGUAGCCGACACCCACCUCCUCCAGUUGGCCUUGUUCGGAGAACCGGGCCUCGAUCAGUGCGGCGAUUUCCACCCUGUAGCGCGCCGGUUCCCGAGCCGCUAG